AUGUAUCGAGGACUUCUAGUAUCGGCUAGGCGUUUGUCAAUAUCACCACAAUUACGGGCUCUGAAGCUUCUACAAGAAGUGAAGAGUGAUCCCAACAAUAUAGAUGCUGUGUGUACCAGUUAUGGCUGGUUCCUAGUACCCAAGAAAUAUGUGUCUCGAGGCUGGACCGAAACCCAGCUAGACCAAUUGCUUCUGAAAAUACCGGGGCUCAAGCUGGGUGAGACUUUAUCAUCUGAAGACCCCCUUUUCGAAAAAGCUCAGGAAGAAAUUGAAAAGUGGGUGGAUCAGACCAAGAAAUCAGACAUACCCAACCCACAGAUCGAGACGGCUCUGACACGAAAGAAAGCCGCAGAUCAGGCCCUCUACAUUACACAGUACCUUGGCAACUCCCUACAACGGAAGGACGGUGCCAUGGUGGAGAGCAGGCCAAAGGAGGAGAGAGUUUCUUUCACGCAUGCCUGGAACUACUUCAGAAGUAUAUGCGGAAACGAGUUCCGUAAGGAGGAUGGCAAGAUUGACCAGCAGGCGAUUGUCCUGAAGUGGAAGAGUAUGUCGAAGAUCGAGAAAAACGAAUACAGAGAGGCUUACAUGAAAGUUCUUCAGGAGGGUAAGGAAGUUGGUUGA